ACAGGAGUCAGUCGUUGGCCGACCGCCGGGCUAAAAUGAGAUCUCGGUUAGGACUCGGACUCGCUUAUUCAAAUUGUUCCUCCCGCGAAACUUAUUUCGAGUCUUCCAUCGCCGCACUGGUGACUCGACUAGGCCGGCCAAGGAAUUUCAUCUUUUUGUUUUUCAUCGUUUGUGUCGGUUAUUUGCUGGUCGUCAGCACCAGCCAAAAUCAGCCAAUCAUCGACAAUAGUAAUCUGCUAGGCCUUCCGGAACUCAACACUUUCCUACCAGAAAUAAUUCAGGAUGUUGAAACCAAUCGAGAACCUAAACGAAUUUUGUACUGGACGGGAUAUUACGAUCGACCGGACAUGAUUUUCGGGAUGGGCCAAGAGCCGUUCAUCAAGGCCGGUUGCAAAGUCACCAAUUGCUGGGCGACGGGCGAUCGGACUCUGCUGGAACAAAGCGACGCCGUCAUCUUCCACGCCGGCCAGUUCAAUUUGAGCGACUUGCCGUCCAAGCGGCUGGACCACCAGCGCUACAUUUUCUACCUGUUUGAAACGCUGCCGCUGGCCCGUGACUACGCCGUUUACUUCUCCAGGGCCGUCGACAAUUACUUCAACUGGACCAUGACGCACCGCAGAGAUUCCGACGUCUACUGCGCCGAACCGUACGGCAAAAUCCGCCGGAAAGCCUCGUCGCCUUUGCUGGAACAACUUCCGCCGGCUCUGCCGCCGGGCCAACGGCCCAUCGCCCCGGCCAAACUGAUGGAACACGUCACCAAUCACCCGCGACUGGCCAAAAAGGACAAACUGCUGGCCUGGUUCUGCUCCAAUCAGAAAACGCACGGGCGGAGGGAGGAUUACAUCAACGAGCUGGGCAAGUACAUGGCCGUCGACGUGUACGGCAACUGCGGCAAUUUGACGUGUCUGCCCAAGAACAGCGACAGGUGCAACAACUUGCUGGACGAGUACAAAUUCUACCUGUCGGCCGAGAAUUCCCUGUGCGCCGAUUACGUCAGCGAGAAAUUCUACCGGGCCCUCAAAACGGACAUUCUUCCGGUGGUGUACGGCGGUGCGGAUUACGCCGCCUACGCUCCUCCGCAUUCUUACAUCCACGUCGCCGAUUUCGCCUCGCCCAAACAGCUGGCCGAGUAUUUGUUGUUGCUGGACAAGAACGAGGCUCUUUACCUCAAAUAUUUUGACUGGAAAAAGGACUAUGACGUGUUGAGGGGUCCGCUGGAUGGCUGGUGCGAUUUGUGCGCUAAAUUAAACGAUCCGCAGGAGCCGGCCAAAGUUUACGAAAGUAUAGCCGAGUGGUGGUACGACGACGUGCCCUGUUACCCCGGCGAAUCUUUUAUUAAAACUGUUCUCAAUCAUAUUCAGUAAUUUAUUCCGUUUGAUUUAAAUUUGUUGAUAUGCAUAUUUGGUUUUUCUAAUUUUAAAAUAAUAAUAAAAAAUGCGAUAUGUCUUAAGGCCUUGGAAUUUUUAGAAAAUAUGUUUUGGAAGUCAUUUGUAAAAAUUAGCCGUCAUUAUAAAGAAAAUCUAUUAUUUUGUGUGGGCUUUACACAGGAAACAUUCAGUAGACAAACUAAUAAAAAUGGAUGCGCUUCACCUCCCUGAAGGGCAACAUUUAUAGUUUCCUCGAGAAAUAUGUUUACCGAACGCAUUAGACUUGAUGACUCGACUGAAAAUCAACUUUUAUUAUUCCGCCCAAAAACGUACACGAAUUUGAUGGCCAACAAUUCUUUAGAAAAAGAAAAUUUGUUAGUUCUGUGUUGCUAAUUUGCGGGAGGUUGUCAGUUCAAUAUGUAGAGAACGGGUAUAAUAAUACAAUAGCGGAUAAUAAACACAAGUUACUUUA